AUGCAUAACCGAUUGAUGAGGGGAUCUAGAAUCCGCCAUCUUCCCUCGACCAAUUUCGACGACACGGACGACUUCCCUGCUCCACCUCCACCUGCGAAAAGGGCGAAAACCGAAGCCCUUCAGGGCCAAAGCAAUCUAAAGCGAGGAUCGCCCAACAAGUCGACGGGGAAACGAACUAUCAAGAUCGAAAUCCCAGACUCGGAAGACGAGGAUCAAGAUACGGAGGAUGGAGGGGUUGGGCUCUCCGCUCCCAGAGCAACACAAUUGGAAGCCACCCUGCCACCGGUCGGGACGGAUGAAGAAGCCAUAGAGGCUUAUGAGGCGUACAAGGCAGGGGAAUACAACUCAGAGAACCAAGAGCUGCACAAUGACACUACGGUCCAGUCGCGGCUGGAGUCGCGGUCUUGGAUAAGGGGACGCAGCUCCAUUUACGUGGAUGCCUUCAACCUGGCCCUUGACACCGUGCUUGAGGAGGAAGGUCACCUCUUCAAUGCAGCCGAGCUACGCCUCUUCCAGAUAUGGAGAGAGUUGGCAUAUGAAGCGCAGUAUCUCUACGUCCGGUUGUUUCUGAGGAAGACCAGCAAAUGGUUUCGAGUCAAAGACUUGCAAUAUUAUGGCGAUGUGGCCGACAUCGACACUGCAGUAAUGGAGUUGCAAAAAGAGAGGACCCUACCGCCCGUCGAGCCCGAAACCAGCCUUCAUCCGGGAGAGUUGGAACCUCCUGAAGGAUCAGUGCUUGGUGAGAAAUUCGCUUUCGCCGAGUGUUCCUCCGAGCAUAUCACGACCCUGGAUGAGGCGAGCAGCCUCUUACUUCUUGAUGAGUUGAAAAGCCUGGCAAAACAAGCCAAAGUACAGGGAAAGAAUAAGCAUGAGCUGUUACGAAACUUCCGUCGCACAAGUUACAAGCAGACAGGGCUCGCGUUCAAAGGGCUCAGACGGACGGAAACCGAAGAGUCGCGGGCAAAUUCGAUUUCCGAGGAUGGCCGGUCUGACUGUGUAGAUGAAGAGGAUGCAAGUAGUGGAUCUCGGACUCCCACACAUGCUAUCAACAACCGUGAUGCCCAUUUCACCAAGAAGAUUCUCGACCAGACCGGACGGUGUAUCCGUCUGUCCAUGACGCCGCUGAAACUGUUCGAACGCGUACAUCUCGUCUUUUACCGCAGCACGGAGUGGACGGAGAAGAGUCUGACGACUCUGAUUCUGGCCAAGAUCUCGCGACGGAACUUCCCAGAAUACUUGGUCAGCAGAUCGAGCACGAUCUUCGAGUCGAGGUCUCUUCUGCUCGAGUUUGAAGCGAGCCUACGUACGCAAUUCCGGGUCGACAACAUCCUGGAGUUUAACGGCACUCCCGGGCGCAAGGCGCUCGAGGAAGUCAAGGAGAUCUUCGAAGCCGUCUAUCCCCGAUGGAAAGCUCUACUGCUCGAUGAGCAACGGAAGGAGGACCGCGUGUACGAAAGUGGGGAGGGAGCGUAUCUUCGGCGGUUCAGCCCGGCGUGGGUGUAUACGCGCAUCGUGCACAAAGCACUACAUGCCCUAGCCAGGUUCAAGGAACAUGUCCGCGAGCACGAACUUCUGACCGAGCUCUUGGAUCAGCGGCUGUUUCACGCUUCGAGACGGGGGUCGUGGUAUCAGCGCAAAGCGCUUCUGGAAGAACACUACAUGCACGCGCUCACACCAAAUGAGAAUCGAAGUGUCGAGGCGAACAAGAAACACUGGAAACGGAUAGCACUGCGUACAUGCGAGCAGGGGCUCCAAGACAAGGAAUGCCAUGUCAUCUACCAUUAUGAUCUACAGAAGCGGAUCAAGAAACUAGAGAAACAGCUGCACCUGCCGUUGAGAGAACAACACGAGUUCGGCCACGUGAGGCUCCGCAAGGCCGUGGAGCGAGACGUGGUGGGGAUCAAGAUCGAAAAGGACUAUCAGAUUCAAGGUGAAGAUACUCCCACAAGAAGCGAUGGCUUGAGCAGCAAGAACAGCGUCAAGACGUCUAAUCUGACCUCGAAUGAGAAGGACGAAAGUGUCAGCAAACCCCCGACUCUGCUCCACCAACCCAGCACAUCAGGGGAACUAGGAGCCAAGACAGUCUGGCUGGAUUCUCUCGACACCCAUCUUCCCGUGAGCGUAGAGGCCAUGUGUCUAUCUCACUACCGCCACGUGCUAGGCUACAAAGGGUACCACAGCGAAGGCGGGAUCCUGCGCACGCUAUUCGGGCUGUUGUUCCACGACAUUCUGUUCUUCGAUCCUUACAUCCCCAAUGUGUUCCAGACAGCGUACCAGACGUGCCCGUUGGACCUGCACACCGACAGCUUCUUUUCGUCGCGCGUGCCCGAGAUUGUGGGCCGCAUCAAUCAGCUCUCGAACGGGGAAGGCCGGUCCAUCGCCCGUCGAGUCUGGGACGAACACUACAAAAGACGGACGUGCAUCGUUGGCGUGCAGUGGGACGGCUUUGACCGCGACGACUUGCUUGAAUUGAUCGACUGCUGGGACGGCCAGGCCUUGGGCACAGUCAUGCUGAUCAUGGCCCAGGAAUAUCAGAGUCGUGGCGGCGGUGUCCCUGAUCUGGUGUUGUGGAAGAGAUGGAGCGAGGAGGAGGUUGACGACAAGGAGGACGAGGACGAGGACGAGGACGAGGACGAGGACGAGGACGAGGACGAGGACGAGGACGACCUGGCCAAGGCAGAUGCGAAAUCCAAUCCUAGUAACACUAGCAGUACUCGGAGAGCUGGGGAGGACAAGGCAGUCUCAUCCGCCUCACUACAACCAGAGCGCGAACCAGGCAGAAAAGGCGAGAUCUUGUUCGUCGAAGUCAAAUCGGCCAACGACCGCCUCAGCGACACCCAGCGCCUCUGGAUCUCGGCCUUGCUCGCCGCCGGCGUCCCAGUCGAACUGUGCCACGCUGUUGCCGGCGAGGUGAGGAGAGAGUAG